AUGGAUGCAAUGUCCAACAUGAAAGACCACAGCCUGCAGUUUCUGGAGGACCUGUGGCAAGAUGCCAAGAGCAUCCUGACGGAAGAUCUGGACUUUGUGCACUUCGGGGCGUGCUGUGCUUUGGCAGCUGCUUGCUGCCUGACUGUGCUGGCGCUGCUGCUGGCCUGGGGCCGGCGACAGCAGCGGUGCUUUGCUUGGGUGCCGCCGCAAGACCCAAGUGAGAGGUCUGCGCCACCCAGGACGGUCUGCGUCGCCUACACCCCGCUGCAAAGCGGGGAGGAGAGUGGCUUGGAGGGCUUGGAGGAUAACGCAUCGGUGCCUAGCUGUAUGCCAGUCCUCAAGGCGGUCAUUGUCUUUGUGGUGUCCUACGCCUUGCUGGGAGUUGGCCUUUUCUUGUCCAUCUUCAGUGCAAUCCUGGCGACUAAGGUGCUGAUGGAACAUUCACAAGCCAACGGUGCCAACUGGCCCGCCUUCAAGACCUUCGCCCUUUUCGCUGGCGCGGCCCUUGCCGGGCUGGGUGUGGUGGCUGGGCUCUUCGCCAGCUCCUUGAAGCAUUUGAGGCACCAGGAGGUGCAUGGCUCCGAGUUCUUCCAGGUGGACACAGAAGAAGCAGUCCGCCGCUGGAAGAUGGACCCGCUGUCAAUCAUGGAGGACCGGGCGCAGCGUGUCUUCGCCGUUUGGGAUGACACCAAGGCAGCGUGGCUGUCGCGGCCAGCUGUAAUCAUGGCCAUCAUAGCCCGGCGUAGGGCUUCGUUUCUGUGGGACAUUGGUUCAGACUUGCUGGUGGCACAGCAUCUGUGGGAGUUUCACCAGGAGCUGGCAAUCACCACCUGUUUGAUCGUCACGCUACCCUACCUCAUGCUGCCGGCCAUACUGGGGCCAUCAGGUUUGCAGCGCCUUCUGUGUGCGCUGCACCCCAGUCUGACCACGAUGCUCCAGCGCUUUCGGCAUCGACCAAUCCUGGAAGGCAUCGUUUUUGCGGCUCUCGCGGUUCCUGGUUUCCUGCUGGUGGAUGUGAGCUUCGUGCUGCAGCACCUGCUCUCGGAACCGGUGACACCCGCCCUGUUCCACUACUGGAAUCUGCGGUCCCUGGUGGAAGCGGCCUGGGAGUCCAACCUCCAGGUGGCAUUGCAAAGCUACAUCUGGAUGCGCCAGGAGAAUCUGUUUGGACUGAUGGCCCCAUUCUCAGAUGUCUCAUCAGUCAGCAUCGUCUUGGUGGUACUGAGCAUCGCCACGAGUGCCCUUGCUACCCUUGAAGGCGUGUCGAACUUGUCGACUUUCGCAGCUUUGCAGACUGGCGGCAGCCGGUGGCGCUUCGUGCAAGCUAUGCUGCGAGGAGGACAAGGCCUGGCACCGUCCAACUUGUUGAAUGACGUGAUGCGACAGGAGAGGGUGGAGGUGGCCGAGGACCUGAUGGAAUUGUCAAGCGACGGAUGGGCGUCGCUCUGCAGGGCCGCAGGCCAUUCCAAAGUUCUGCGGAGUCUGUCCUUCGACGGAAGCUUUCUGCAGAAGUUUGUGGACGCAAACUUCUCUCACACACAGAGCAGCUUGGGUUUCAUCUUCCAGAAUCACAAGCUGCAAGAGCUCCGCAUCGCCAACCUGCCGCAGCAAUACCAGCGGACUGUGGACGCUCUGACUGCUACCCACCUGGCUCUUGAGCACAGCGAGUUGCGCCGAAGAAUGGCUGCCGAUCCCAUCUUCGCGGCGGCGGUGCAGGGCGACGUGGAGCCGCUGCAGCGUCGCCCGACCGGGCCCGGGCUCCUGCAGGACCUGGCGCUCUACGGCCAGGCCCGGGCCCUGCAGGUCCUGCUGGUGGAGGCCAAGCACAGCUCCACGGAAAUCGCCACAGCACUCAAAAACGCAGCACGGAACGGCCACGGGGCCGCCGUGGAGCUGCUGCUCCGGGCCAAGGCCGAUGCUGCGCAGGGGCCAAACGGGGCCUUCCCGCUGCUCGUGGCGGCCCAGAAGGGACACGCCGAGGUUGGGAGGCUGCUGCUGGUGGCCAAAGCCGAUCCUAUGCAGGUGGAGCCGCAAAGCGGGGCCUUCCCGCUGUUCAUGGCGGCCCAGGAUGGGCACGCCGACCCCGUGAGGCUGCUGCUGGAGGCCAAGUCCAGUCCUGUGCAGGUGAACGUGCAAAACGGGGCCUUCCCGCUGCUCGUGGCGGCCCAGAAUGGGCACGCCGACCCCGUGAGGCUGCUGCUGGAGGCCAAGUCCAGUCCUGUGCAGGUGAACCUGCAAAACGAGGCCUUCCCGCUGCUCGUGGCGGCCCAGAAUGGGCACGACGAGCCCGUCAGACUGCUGCUGAAGGCCAAAGCCGAUCCUAUGCAGGUGGAGCCGCAAAGCGGGGCCUUCCCGCUGUUCAUGGCGGCCCAGGAUGGGCACGCCGAGCCCGUGAGGCUGCUGCUGGAGGCCAUGGCCGAUCCUGUGCAGGUGAACGUGCAAAACGGGGCCUUCCCGCUGCUCGUGGCGGCCCAGAAGGGACACGCCGAGCCCGUGAGGCUGCUGCUGGAGGCCAUGGCCGAUCCUGUGCAGGUGAACCCGCAAAACGGGGCCUUCCCGCUGCUCGUGGCGGCCCAGAAUGGGCACGCCGAGCCCGUCAGACUGCUGCUGGAGGCCAAGGCCCAUCCUGUGCACGGGGGCCCGCAAAACGGGGCUUUGCAGCUCGUGGCGGCCCAGAAUAUUGUCAUUUUUUAA